UUUAGCUCGCUAUAGCUAGCUGAAGGGUGUUCUCACUAACGACAAUAUGAUACUGUUCUCACCAGCCGUUAGUGAUCCUUCAAUGAGUAAGGUCCUAACUUUUAUAUGGAUUUUUCGUUUUGGUGUACUGGUGUAUGGAGAUGAUUGCCGAGUGAUUCAGUUCAAAGCAGGAACGAAAAACAAGAUCUUAACAAAACACGUCAUAAGAAGUGAACAAGCAAAGGACAAGGAUAUCUGCGAGUUCAAAUGCUACUUUGAACCAAACUGUGUGUCCUAUAACUAUGGUCCGCUGGGAGAUGGAACAUUCACAUGCGAGCUAAGUAACAGAACUCAUUUGCAAGUCUCUCCCACUUACUUCGAAUAUAGGAACGACUUUUUAUACAGAGCAAUCAUUAAUUCCUGUGAGAGCAAUCCGUGUGUUAGUAACUCUACAUGUCAGGCGGGGUUUGGUAGUCAUGGUUACCGCUGUAUUUGUUCUGACGGAUAUGAAGGAGAGCUUUGCCAAAUAGAUACUGAUGAGUGUACAUCAAGCAAACACGAUUGUUCCUCUGACGGCGACUGUGUUAAUGUCGUGGGUUCAUAUCAGUGCUCUUGCGAAUCUGGAUUUACUGGCGAUGGUAAAAUUUGCCAAGAUAUCGAUGAGUGUAACGAUGGAAGCCAUGACUGUCACUUUGCGGCCGAUUGUACAAACACCGCUGGAUCAUUCGACUGCAGCUGUCAGUCUGGACACCUUGGGGAUGGACGGCACUUUUGCUCAGAUAACUGGAAAAAGGUCAACAUCGAUCCUGUCUGCUUUGGGACAAAAAAUGACGACCACGGAACUUUUGAUAUCCGAGAAGCCGGUCAAGUCUACACUUUUAAACUUGUCCAUACAAGUGGCUCCGUUACAUGCGACACUAAUCGCUCACCGACCAAAUGGGGAUGCUUACGGCCAGAAUACAGAAAUUAUAACCUGAUGACAGUGAUAACAUACAGCAACAAAACUGUUCUUCCACUUGCUGAGUUCGUGAAAAGUAACACCGAAGGCAAACUGUAUACUUACCAACUUGAUGGUGCUGAUGUCAACUCUCCCACGCUUGUGUUUAAUUUUCUCCCCAUGCCCUUGGUUGUAUCUGUUGGCCAACAGUUCCAAAUUUGGUAUGCGCAUGACCUGGUUGGUUUUACCGAGAAAAAUAACGAUGAUCUUUACGAAUGUAUCAUAAAUAAUGACGAUUGUUCCUUUUACGGCGACUGCACUAACGUUGUGGGGUCAUAUCAGUGCACAUGUAGGCAUGGAUUUACUAAAGAUGGGAAAAACUGCCAAGAUAUUGACGAAUGUGCUCUGGAAAAACACAGUUGUUCGUCUAACGGGGAAUGCGCCAAUAUGGUGGGUUCAUAUCAGUGUAUGUGUAAACCUAAAUUUACCGGCGAUGGUAUAACUUACCAAGGUGAGAUUUUUAUUUACUAGGAAAAACAGUUACGAUAGGAUAAGAAACAGUCUUCAGAAAGACUGAAGGACAUGUUGAGUGAUUGACAGAAACCGGAAUAGGCUGAAGGAAAGAGAGGAUUAUGAUCGUAAGGAACACAUGGAUGAAGCAGAAACUACCUCAUUUGCGUAAAAUUUUUAAUCUUUUCUUGUUUUCGUUUUUAUGCUUUGUCUUGUUCCUUCUAUUUAAUUUGUUUAUUUCUAACUUAAUUGAUUCAUGAACAGAGCUUUACGAAUGCAUCACAAACCAAGACAAU